UUAGCCCACGCAAAUACGAGUUUCAUUGAUCCGCGUCGUUUCUUCGCUCUCACUCUCGUCCCACGGCGGAGCGAUGAGCCUGACUGGAAAGCUUAUCUCAAGCUGAUGAUAGAAGCUAAUAAUAUUUCUUCUGUCAUCAGCUGCCUACAAGCAGAUCCCUAACAUGAAUUUGGAAGUUGUUGCUCUAACAGUCGCGCUUUUGGCUGCGAUCAGCGGCUGUUGUUAUUCCAGCAGCGUCCCUUCAUUUAUCCUGCCGUUCACUGACUGCGUCCAGAGCCGUGGGAAAGACGGCUUUUACCGGGGAGCGAUAGACGUCACCGAGUCCGGCAGCCGGUGCAUGAACUGGACCGAAGUGGCCGGCUUCAAGGAGCGCUACCCGGGCAAAGGAAUAGGAGAGCACAACCACUGUCGCAACCCUGACGGCAGGAUCCGUCCUUGGUGCUUUUUCAGGAGCCACAGGGGCAGAGUGGACUGGGGUUACUGCGACUGUAAACAAGGCUCAGUUCGUCUACAAGGAGGCCGCUCCAAGCUAGAUGGUAGAGUGGAAGUUUAUCUGGGAGGAGUGUGGGGGUCUGUGUGUAGCGAUAACUGGGGCGACGAAGAUGCUGCAGUUGUUUGCAGACAGCUGGGCAAGGGGAUCUUAGGUCAUGCACGUGCGGUUCCGCUGUUUCGUCCAGGUAUGGCCAAAGUCCACUGGAGGGCUGUUAAUUGCCAGGGAGAGGAGCCAGACCUGCUCCAGUGUCCCAAGACUACCUGGAAUGGAGAGGAGUGCUCUCUGGUUGCAGCUGUCACCUGCACCCAACAGCAAGCAGUGACACUCCCUAUACGGCUGGUGGGAGGUCAGUCAGGGUCGGAGGGCACGGUUGAGGUCUUCCACGCAGGGCAGUGGGGUUCAAUAUGUGACGACCACUGGGAUGACAGUGAUGCCGAAGUGGUGUGUCGACAGCUGGGGCUGAGCGGUGUGGCAAGAGCACUGGGCCAGGCCCACUUUGGAAAGAGUUCAGGCCGUGUGUGGCUGGAUGAGGUGCGUUGUACAGGCAAUGAGCUCACUCUGGAGCAGUGUCCAAAAAGUGCAUGGGGGGAACACAAUUGUCUGCACUCUGAAGAUGCAGGAGUGUCCUGCAACCCUCUUACAGAUGGUACAGUUAGGUUGGUAGGGGGUACAGGGAGUCACGAGGGACGCUUAGAAGUCUUCUACCAUGGCCAGUGGGGGACAGUAUGUGAUGAUAGCUGGACAGACUCAAACGCACAAGUGGUGUGUCGACAGCUUGGUUACAGGUCAGGGAAGACUUUUCUUUCUGAAGGACUUGACAUCACCCCAGUUCCACGCUUUGGGAUGGGGUCAGGUCCCAUUCUGCUGGAUGAUGUGAGCUGCACAGGGAACGAGCCUAGCCUAUUGCUGUGCAAGAGGAGGGAGUGGCUCCGUCAUGACUGCACACACCAUGAGGAUGUUAAUAUCGCAUGCAGCCCUGAACGCAAUGGAGACAGCCUUCCUACUAGUGUGCCAGUAAGGCUUGUGGGAGGAGAGAGCCCUAGGGAAGGCCGGGUGGAGAUCUAUCUGUUCGGUCAAUGGGGGACGGUGUGUGACGAUGGGUGGACUGAUCGGAACGCUGAGGUGGUCUGCCGACAGCUGGGCUACAGUGGGGUGGCGAAGGCCCGUGUGAUGGCGUACUUUGGGGAAGGGACAGGGCCCAUCCACGUGGACAAUGUGAAGUGUAGCGGCGAGGAGCGUUCGUUAGCAGACUGCAUCAAACAGGCACCUGGCACACACAACUGUCGCCACAGUGAGGACGCUGGGAUCAUCUGUGACUAUCGGGAAUCCCAGCCCAGCUACAAAGAGGUCAAAGGUUUGUCAGAUCCUGUCAACUCAAUUUGUGGUCUGCGGCUUGUACACACUCGCCAGCGCCGGAUCAUAGGAGGAGAAAACUCUCUGAGGGGUGGCUGGCCGUGGCAGGCUGCAAUUCGUUUGCGAGGCUCUCGGGGGGAUGGGAGGUUGGUGUGUGGAGCAACUCUCAUUGACUCCUGUUGGGUUCUCACCUCGGCACAUUGCUUCAAGAGGUAUGGAAACAGCACCAAGCAGUAUAAAGUCAGAGUGGGAGACUACCACACCCUCGUUCCUGAGGAAUACGAAGAGGAGUACGGUGUCGAUCAAAUUGUCCUCCAUCCAAGCUACCACUCUCAUAGCAAUGACUAUGACCUGGCCUUGGUUCAUCUGUCACCAGGGGCGAUAGGCCAAAUGCCGGGAGAGUGUGUGAAAUUCAGCCGUCAUGUCCUUCCUGCCUGUCUGCCCAUGAGGAAAGAGAAAGUGCUCAAACAAGCCAGCAACUGUCACAUUACUGGCUGGGGUGACACAGGCCGCUCCUACUCCAAGACCCUCCAGCAGGCUCCUCUCUCCCUUCUUCCUCGUCGCCAAUGCCAGCAGCAUUUCCAAAGCGCCUUCACAAGCCGUAUGCUCUGCGCCGGCAGCGUCCGGUCGGACAGGCGUGUGGACAGUUGCCGCGGCGACAGUGGAGGCCCUCUGGUGUGUGAGCGUGCGGGAGGAGGUUGGGUGGUGUAUGGGGUAACAUCCUGGGGUCACGCCUGCCGAACACAACAGUCCCCUGGCGUCUACACCAAAGUGUCUGCCUUCAGCUCCUGGAUACACAAGGUGAUGGGACGUGAUGAGAAGAAGCAAUGAAAGGAGAAUAUCAAACUGAAAAGUUGGCAUCUCAAGGAAUGACCUCAGAAACUAUGGCUCAAGAGUUACUUGAUUUGUCUGGUGGCAACUGACACAACAGUAUUUUAGUCAUGAGUAACAUGUCAUGAUGUUAUGAUGUGAUUAUCCAGUGAUGUAAGCUGUAACCUACCUAGCUUUCAAAUGAAGAGGACAAGUCAGUGCUGGACUUUUUCUCCUGGAUUUUUUUUUUUUAAUAUUUUUAAUUUUUGGAGAGAGGAAGGCAUUAGCACUUAUGAGCUGCAAGAUUUUGGAUGGUGCUAAGUAAUUUCAUAAAUAUCUUUUUGUUGUGACAUUGCAAACACUAAAAUGUUUUUUUUCAAUAGUUUUCUCUUCUUGCUUUUGUUAUAAAAUGCUAUUGUAAGUUAUAAAAUAUGUGAGUAAACAUUUUGAAAAUGGACCACAUGUACGUACAACAGAGAAGCAUGCCCUCACACAUACACACUAAGCUAUGGCAUGAUAUUAAUUUGCAGACUUGCACUAAGAGCCCCUGUUAGGUACUUAAUACAUGACAUGCAGUGCUUUCUAGUAAGCGAUCUGGUCAUAUUGACAUUUGGCAAAGUGAAUUUUGUCUUUAAAUCUCAUUUCAUUCUUGUUUUGUAAAAUUUCACCAGUGUGCUCUUUGUUUUACUUUGUUGAAAAAGCGGAUUUCAGGUCUUAGUACUCAGGCAUUUCUAAUCCAAAUCCAGUCAGUAUUUGUCCUGUUCUCUGCACUGCUUAGAGAGAACUGAAGGGACUAAAGUGUUUCUCAAUCAAAGCAUAUAACUGUAUUUUUAGGUGUUUAUUUGUCAUAGUAAUACUGUUAAUUCGUGUUCUUUAGUCCUGGUUCAGUGUUGUCAUGGUUUUGACUAGUCUGGAGGAAGAAAACAUGGCACACACAACACUGCCUUUUUAUUUUGUUUACUGACUGUUGUUUUAAUGUAAUGUAAUGUUUGUUCAUAAACUAAGAUUUUGUUGUAUGUGUAUACUUUAGACAAAUAAUUGAGCCAUCAUCUGUUUAUGUAAAAAUGUUUUAGUGCUCCCAUGUAUGAUUCCUAAGUGGUUCUUGCACUUUAUAUUACACGUUGUCAUUCUCCCAAACAUGUAAAGCUGACAGCAGUUGGAACAACAGAGCUCUUUCAGGUUUCAUUUCUGACGGCAAACUGUCAAAGUGAGCACCACGGCGUCAGACAGUGUGUACGCACACAUACCCGCACACAGCGUCUACAGGAAUAGCACCCGUCUGAGUUGUCUUCAUGUAUGAGGCAAACGUCAUGUUGACUUAACACACAUUUAAGAACUGGGACCAAAUGUUACUGUGAGAAGCUGCACGAAAUAAAUACUCCUUU